AAGUAGGAACCUUGUUUUAUCUGAAAUUAUCUAGCCAAUUGCGAGGGCUCGCGUUACUUUUAUGAAGUUUAUGAAUUCCUUUUUGUCCAUGGUUUAAAAUAUUUUUUAUUUGUUAAACAAUCUGACAAAAACUUGAAAGUUAAAGUAGGGAAAUAAUGUACUAUAAAGUUUGUUCCCCUUUACUAAGAUCUAGGCCGGAUUUUUUUCGGUUAUUGUUAUAAAGGAUGAUUAUUCCUAAAAAGAAUCGACAUGCCAUAUACGAGGCUUUAUUCAAGGAUGGAGUUCUGGUUGCCAUUAAAGAUUUUAAUUCACCAAAACAUUGUGAACUAGAAAAGAUAAGAAACUUAGAAGUUAUUAAAGCCAUGCAGUCGCUAAAAUCGCGUGGUUAUGUACGUGAAAAUUUUGCUUGGAGGCAUUAUUAUUGGUAUCUUACUAAUGAAGGAAUUCAAUAUCUUCGUGAUUACUUACAUCUCCCACCUGAAAUUGUUCCUGCUACUCUGAGAAAAAGUACUAAAGCUGCAGAAUCUGUAAAACCAUGGGCGAAAGGAGGUGAUCAACGUUCUUCUGGUCCUCGAGACACAGAUAGAGAAAGUUAUAGACGGGAUGCUGGUGCAGCUGAAAAAGGCGGCGCAGGAUCUGAUUUUAAACCAGAAUUUCGUGCUGGAUUUGGCAUCGGUCGUGGGUUUGGUGCUCCACCGUCAUAAACUCAAUAAAAUUAAUAAAAUUA